AUGGAAAAUUUACCGCUUUUACCAGGUUAUAGUUUUCAGGAUUCGAAUAUUCAAGACUAUAGAUUAUUACAAAAAUUUAAUUUUUUAAACGGUUAUCGCAUAGUACGUGAUAGCAAUAUUGGUAUUGGAGGAAGACCAAUAGAUGCUGCAUCUACUGCUUACAUAAAAGAGGAAGAUGCUGUAUACUAUGAUCCUUCAUUAACGUAUGGUCGCGUAAAACAAUAUGCAUAUCGGCAAUUUAUUCCACAUUAUGCGCUAUUUGCGCAGAAAUGUCUGUUUUUUAAAGCGUUUUUUCGCCAAGGAGUGUUUAACUCUCCAGAUGAACAUUUUCGUAUACGUCACGUAAAUGUAUUAUAUUUUUUGGAAGAUAAUACUUUAUGUAUAAUUGAGCCUGUUAUUAAUAAUGCUGGCUUUAAACAAGGAAAGCUUGUUAGACGUAAUAAAAUUGUAAAAAAUGUAAAUGGUGAUACAUUUCAUUGGAAGGAUUUCAAUGUUGGAGUUGACAUAUGUAUUUACGGUAUAGUUUAUCAUAUUAUCGAUUGUGAUGUAUUUACUAAAGAGUUUUUAAAUAGCCAAGGUAUAGAUGUUGGAGAUAAGGAAGAACCUCCUGUAGAUCCUUAUACAGAAUUGUGUAUGAAAAAACAAAAGGUACCGACAUGCAUUACACAAAUUCCAGACGAUGCUAGACGGCGGUUUUUAGAAUAUGAUAAAAUGGUAUUAUCUUUUACCGCAAUUUGGAAUGACGAUGUUUAUCGGAUUAUGUAUUUCUUAACGGACGAUACAAUAGCCGUUUGCGAAAUACGAAAACCUAACAGUGGUAAAGAUCCAGUACCAAUGCUAUUAAAAAGACAGAAAGUACCAAAAGAUUGGAAAAAUUUGUCACCAUCUUAUCCUGGUGCAUAUAUGGAAUGUGGUGAUUCAGAUAUCAUUGAAUAUUAUACACCAAAAGAUUUUUUAGUAGGUGGUACAGUUUUUAUCUUGAGUCGACGUUUUUUUCUGCAUGACUGUGACUCUUUCACACGAAAAUAUUAUUCAGAUAUGUUAGGAAUAACACAACCAAAAGAAAUUCCGCUUUCAAUUAAAGAAAUUAAGUUAUCAUCAAAGUAUAAACCUCCGCCCCAUAUCAUUUUUGGUACACCCGAAGAUACUUAUACCAGUUGUCUAUCGUUCCUGCCUAAGCCGCCUAAAAAGGAUGUUGUUCGACAACUUCUUAAUUUUCCAAAUAAGCUACGUUAUUCUAUGAAGAUGGACGUGGUACACCCGGAGGAUAAGAAUCGUGAUUUCAUUUUAGAAUAUAGUUUAAGUGAAGGGACAAUACUUGUGCACGAACUUGAGAAACGCAAUUCAGGGCGUUAUGAGGGCUGCUUCUUGAAGGCAACAUUGGUCCCAAAAUCAAAAACCGGAAGAGACAAUCCGCAAUAUUAUACUCCUCAAGAUUUUUUUAUUGGAGCAAAAAUUAAUAUUUUCAAUCAUUAUUUUAUUAUAAACGGAGCUGAUCUUUUUGUUUAUCGCUAUACUGAAGCGAAUCCUGAAAAAUUUCCGCAAGAAAUACGGGAUAACAUUCGCGAUUAUUUUGUGAAACAGAAUUUACUUCGCGAAGAUAUAGAGAUUGAAACAAAAAAAUUACAAGAUCAGAGGGAUACAAAAUUACAUUCGAUCAAACCUGCUGAAGCAACUAUUGAAGGUGAUAUAAUGACACGAUGUAUAAACGAUCUUGAGGCUCAAGUUAAAUGUAAGUACGAAGGAGAACAAGGUGAAUUAAGAUCGCGUCAGGUACCAUCAGAAGAAUUAUGUCCAAAUUUGAGAACAACAGAUCCUAUGCAAUUGUUCCAUCAAUGUCAAGAUUCAAAGAUAUUCACAGAAAAAGAUACAAAAAAGGAAGUAAGAUGGGAUGAUAGGGUAAAACAAUAA